CUUUCACUGACGUCACCCGAAACCGGAAGUAAACAAACCCUGCGCUACAUUGGAAGACCAACAAACUCGUGAUUUGGGGGAAAUAAAGGCAGCGCGCGGUAUGUGAACCCACGAGGCACUUGGUUCAUCAAAAACCUACAAUGGUAAACUUUUGUGCUGUGUUAGGGUUCUAACAAAGCUGAUGGGAAAGGUGAAAAGAAGUCUUUCUACAGAAUACCAGCUGUGAUUGAGACACAAGCAAACCAAGGAGCUUUCUGCCGGGAGACAGAGAGAGGAUUUAGCUGCUUUAUGCAGAGCGGAUCUGAAUACUUCAAGUCUAUUUUGUUACUGUUUUUCCCCAUGGCCAAAUAAUGAGGUGUCUGCGCCGCAGGAGGAAUAGGCCACAAUUAUAAAUUAUAAAUAAAUCAUAAAAUGUUUCUAAGAACUUGUUCAAGUGUGUUCUGUUCCUUAUAAAUGUUAAAAGUUAUGCCUCAUUAGAUAGCUUGACAAACAUUAGGAGAGGUGCAUUGUUGCAUGCAUUUUUAUAUCCUGUUGUACAUUAAACAGGACGUAGCCUACGCACAUUGAUAUAAAUUAAGUUUCACUUUCAUGGUUGAAGUAUGCAUGUGUGUUCAUCCUAGGCAAGAGCCCCGAUGCUUUAUUGUUAGCUAGUUUAAUUUAGCCUGUUUUGCUUAAUUUGUAGCCUUCCUGUUGUACAUAAAACAAGAAGUAAAGUUGGAUGAAUCAUCGCCGAAAAUUCAACUAUAAAUCGACCGAAAUACGUAGUUGAAUAAAGGGUGAAAGGGGGUCUAUUCUCUGUCGACCACCAGCCACUUUUCAACGUCGUUUCAACGGAAACUCGUAUGAGCAAAGCGGUGUUGAAUCAACGUCGGUGAUCGACGGUGAUUCGACGGCGUAUAGGUCGAAGAACAUGCCGAUGAUUCCACGUCGAAUCAACGACCCUCUGCUAUCUGGGAAUUGGCUGUUCCUAUGACAGCCCAAACAUCCAGUUUAUGAAAACCUCGUAUGGCGAGGAUUAUUUGGCACAGUUUGAUAUAUGGGUAAAGGACUUAGAAUUCCCUGAAAAGGGCAGUUUUAGUCCCAGGCAGAUAGGACAGUUAGAAGAAAAGUUGAAACAGAAGGAAAAAGAAGAGCUUGCAGAUAAUGUUAAGUUCUUAGGGGACAGGAGGGCAUUUUCUGCAUGGAAAGAAGAAACACUUAAGAGAAAGUACAAAAGAGAGAAAUGACAGGCAGGGCUCUCACCCUCUUCUCAGUGUUUGAAAUUUCAGAUGGACCCUGACCUGGAGUCUACCCCAACACACACUGCCUCCUCAGCAAGGCGGAACAUCAUUCCCACAAGCACUUCACCCACAGAAAGGGGGAGAAGUCGAGACAAAGAAGAAAAAAAAAUACUGAGCCUCUGGAAUCUCUCCCAGCCUACCAGCCGCCUCCAGCAUCAGCGCCUCUCAGCGCUUCUCCAUCACACACGAGAUCCGGUCUUGCAUACAGCGAUGGAAAAGAUACUCUCCUGGACCUGACCACGUGCUCACCAGUGGGUCCACAAGGCUGUAACCUAAAGUCUGAAGUUCUUCAUCUUCCAAUGGUGGAAGUGGCUGGAGCUGAUGGCGUGCUUUUAGUCCACAGACCCUGGAUGACAGCUGAUAUCAAGGAAAGCAUGGCUUCUCUUCCCAAUGUGAGAGAGGUAGGAGGAAAGAGAUUUGGUAACGAACUGUUGAUAUUUUGCAGAAAAUUCCGACCGACCACCCAUGAACUUCGCUGCCUAAUCAUGACCAAGAUGGGUAUAGAUUGGAACAAAGUUUCCAAAGAGUGGCCGGAAGCUGACCAGCGAAUGACUACACCAGACUGGAGCGCGGCUGGCAAUGGUGAGUAUAGAGAUACCAUCACUGCUCUCUGUGCUCGUCUGGACAGUACUUUUCCCUUGAACAUAGACAUUACUAAGAUCAGUAUGUGUAAGCAAGAUGAUGUGAAGUGGUGUCAGCGUUUUUCGCCCGUCUCACCGCCGUGCAUGAGAGAAGAAAAAAAAAAAAAAACACAGUGGCCUGACCAGACCCGUGAACCUGGCUGCAGUGGAGGGCACUCCUGAGUCUCACCAAGAUCGAGCAGUACGCUGUGCAUGCAGAAAAGCUGCUGAAAGAGAAGGAGAAGACAAAGUCGACACAAAGAGACCAAGAUCUACACGCUGCCACUCUCACUCUUUCCAGACUGUUCAGCCUGGAGAAAAAGGAACAAGAGGAGGAAGAGGUCGAAGUAGGGGCCGAGACGGGACAACCUGGAGUGACUCGUCCUGGAUAAAAGGUGCAACCUGCUACAACUGCAAUCAAAAGGGACACAUUGCUCGAAAUUGUCUCCACAGUAACAGGCAGAAGCCCCGUGAGGAGUACAGCAAAGCAGACUGAUGGGCGGACUCCAGGAACGGGCCCCACACAGAGAACAGGGGAGGUAACACACACUCACCUGAUGAUACACAUACACAUAGACAGGAGCAUUCACAUAAUGUUAAACACAUUAGUAGCAGCACCUGCAUGCAACAGCAAGACUACACAGAAAUGCCCGAUACACCAGUCCAGAUAGAUACACCUGAAGUUGCAUUAAGUUUGUUAAAAUACACAACUACUCCCUUUUCUAAACUGCCUUGUAUGCCCCUCACUGUGUGUGGGCAUGUGUUAGCCUUUCUAGUAGAUUCUGGAGCAGGACACUCAGUGAUACAACAUGGGGUACUUCCAGUAGACCCACCGCUCAGCUCAAAUUCUAUUCAGACGAUGGGCAUCUCAGGACGACCUGUAACCGAAACUUUCUCAGUCAACCUCCCGUGUAAAAGCGAGGGAGGAAUAGUUACGUCCCACUCAUUCCUCAUCUCACAUACAUGUCCAGUAAAUUUGUUAGCACGUGAUUUAAUGUGCAAAUUAGAAGUAAAUCUCACAUCCACUCCAGAUGGACUAACUAUUGAAGUAAGUGAAAUGUGCGGUGUGCAGUAUGGGUUUGGAAGCUCUCUGUAUGUGUAUGUCUGGCAGCUCUGCUCAGAUCAGCUCACACAAACUCCAAAACACCUUGUACAGCUCGCACACUUGAACACCUCAUCAGUUGACACAGAUUAUAUGAAAGAGGAAGAUUUGCAUUGUACAGCACAUGUUCACCAAGGGCAAGAUGUAGAGUUUGAAAAGACUUGGUUUGCAGACCCCCGUGCACGUGAAAGAUUGACCCUCAAACUAUGUAUUGGUCUAAACAUUAUUGCGCUGUGCAGGUCCAUUUUACUUGUUGUCCAAACAGCUGCAUCAAUGUUCAUCGCAGUGUUCUCAAACAUGUUAUACGCGGCCUCGUGUCAGAGGACUUUGAGGUCGGCUGCUGCCAACAUGAUUUCUUUGACAUCAUUAAUUCUAUAUCCCAUGUCUCAUUACCAAGGCCACGAGCCGCCCAUUGGAAAGACGUGGGGAAGUGGGUCAGGAAGUGUGCAGUCGAUGGCAAUGAAUGGUCCCAAACAGAGGACUCUAGUGUGUUGUUUUGUCAAAGGCUUGGGGUCUACAAACAAAGUCAUGCUAUGUGUGUGUAUGUUAAGCGCAGCGUAAUAUUAGCCACUGAUGACCAGGGUCCUGGGGACCUCGGCCAUACUGGCCUGUUUGUCUCUGUUUCCACAGGCAUAACUCCAGCAGAGGUGCACCCCAAAUUGGCGGGAGUUCCAAAUUCCAUUUGGGCGAAGGGUAAACAUGAUGUGGGCCUAAUAAAGAAUGCUGAACCAGUGGUGAUCACCCCCAAAUUAGAUUUCAGGCCUAAACAGACCCAGUACCCACUCAAACCAGAAGCAAUUGCAGGUAUAAAACCGGUCUUUGAUUCGUUGCUGAAGGCAGAUGUAAUUGUCCCUUGCCAGGACUCUCCAGUGCGCACUCCUAUUUUUCCAGUUAAGAAGGAAGAAACCGUCCCAGCCCGAUGAGUGGAAGUUUGUCCAAGAUCUGCAAGCAGUCAAUGCUGCGGCUGUCCCGCACACGCCUGACAUCCCUAAAGAGUGCUCUGCAGACCACACCCACGUUGGGACUGCCUGACCCCAAUAAACCAUUUGUUCAAACUGUCAAUGAAAAGAAGGGUUUUAUGACCUCUGUUCUUUUGCAGAAACACGGGGAUAGAUUGAGACCUGUAGCCUACUUCUCCAGCAGGCUGGAUCCAGUGGCGGCUGGACUUCCUGUUUGCCUGCGUGCAGUUGCUGCAGCUGAAAAGGCGGUAACUGCCUCCAGAAAUAUUGUGGGGUAUUCUAACCUCACCCUUUUGGUCCCACAUGCUGUCUCCCUGCUUCUGUUGGAGAAAAAGACGUCACAUUUGUCAGCACAGAGAUGGUUGAAGUAUAACACAGUCAUACCUGAUAUGCCUAACGUCACUGUGAAACGUUGUACUGUUCUGAAUCCUGCCUCUCUUCUCCCUACAGAGGACAAUGGAGAACCACAUGACUGUGUUGCUCUCACUAACGAUUUUUGUUCCCCCAGAGCAGACUUAAAGAGCAACCCUUUGGAAAAUCCAGACAUGAUCCUCUAUGUGGAUGGUUCAGCCUCCAGAGACCCAGAGACGGGAAAGAACAAAGUAGGUUUUGCCAUAGUCUCAGAUCACGAGGUCCUCAAGGCGUCGUGUCUGCCCUCAAACCUGUCAGCACAGGCCGCAGAGCUCUGUGCCCUUAUCGAGGCAUGCAAAUUGGCGGCAGGGCAAUCUGUCAAUAUUUUUACGGACAGUAGGUACACGUUUGGCGUUGUGCACGAUUUUGGCACUAUUUGGAAACAGAAAUUUUCUCACUAGCACAGGAUCUCCCAUUGCACAUCAUAAACUGGUCUCUGAGUUGUUGGAUGCUGUUCUACUCCCUAGAGCUAUUGCUGUGUGUAAGUGUGCUGCCCAUACUAGCAAUACUGAUCUUGUGUCUCAAGGGAAUGCCAGGGCGGACGCGGCAGCUAAGUGUGCAGCCUCAGCUUCCAGUUCACCCUCUAACCUUGCCUUUCCUCAGGUUUCUACCCCCUGUUUACAGCUAGUGGACCUUCAGAGCACUGUCACCCAGGACGAGAGACGAGUCUGGAAACAGGCAGGCUGUAUCCUUGCAAACUCGGUCUGGGUUUGUCCCUCGGGCCGUCCCUGUCUACCAAAAUACAUGUUCCCUUUCUAUGCAAAAUUGGCACAUGGGCUCACCCAUGUGUCAAAAGGGGGGAUGGUAGCAGAAGUAACAAAGAGAUGGUUCACAAAGGGGUUUUCAAAUUAUGCUGCGAAAUUUUGCAAGCAAUGCUUGAUAUGUGCACAACAUAAUGCAGGUCAAGGUAUCAGACUAACUCAAGCAGCACACCCAAUACCAGACAAACCAUUUGAUCACCUCCAAAUGGACUUUAUUGAACUGACACCUAGUGAAGGGAAAAGGUACUGCCUGGUAAUAGUUGACAUGUUUUCAAAAUGGGUAGAAGUAUUCCCCACAGCUAAACAAGACUCAGAGGCGGUAGUCAAAGCACUCCUGAGAGAUGUAAUUCCUAGGUGGGGUAUACCUAGCAAAAUCUCAAGUGACAGUGGAACACCAUUUGUUAAUGCAGCCCUAAAGAAAAUAGGAGCAUUCCUAGGGAUAGACCUGAAACAACAUUGUGCCCAUCAUCCUGCCAGUGCAGGAGCAGUAGAGAGGGAAAAUGGGUCCCUUAAAAAUAAACUAAGCAAAGCUUGUGCAGAAACAGGGCUAGGAUGGACAAAGGUCCUCCCUGUAGUACUCACACAAAUGAGGAUGCAAACUAGGCCUAAACAUGGGUUAAGCCCAUUCGAAAUUCUGUUUGGACGAGUACCCAACAUGGGGAUAGGGCCAGCUCAAGGAACACCGCCGGACACCACACUGUGUGAUGAUGCAAUGUUGAAUUACUGUGCAACGUUGUCCUCUGCUUUGAAAUCUAUCCACAAACAGGUAAAAGAAGCACUUCCCAAACCCGCUGAGGGACCUCUGCACGAUCUACAACCAGGGGAUUGGAUCGUGGUAAAGGACUUCCGACGAACCAAGUAGAACAAGCCACGGUGGAACGGCCCAUUCCAGGUCCUGCUCACGACCCCAACGGCAGUGAAAGUCACAGGCAGAGUGACGUGGAUCCACGCUAGCCACUGCAGGAGGGUUCCUGAACUGGCUGAGCAGGAGGAAAAGGAAGGCCUAAGUGACCCAGACGCUGACUAAAGCUCGUGAGGAAGAAAGGCAUCACUGAAUGGAACAGUGCGAGUAUCACAUCAAUCACGCAUGCACCCUCAAUAGGGAAGAGUAUUUCAGUGUCUAGCCGAUAGAUAAGUCUUAGGGUUUUGAGUUUCCUCCAAGUCCCGGUGAGGUGGGACGAGGGCUGAUAGGGCGUGCCCGCCCUCUGAGCACCAAUACACGUCAAGAAGGGCAAGGGUUAACUCGGUAACAUCAUUGAGGCACUGAACAAGAUGCGCAAGGUUGCUGAACAAUCAUAAGCAGAUGAACAUGGAGGAGUUGAAGACAGCUGAUCGUGUUAGUUCAGUGGAUGGAAGACUCUGAUUCUAUCCACCGUACCGGUCCUGGGCUUAGCAAUUGUGAUGCUAUGUUUGCUCCCUGUUUUCUGUCAAUGUUGUAUGUCUGUGUUUCAGAGGCAGCUGACAAAUAUUGGUUACCAGAUGGUGAAAAUAGAGUCAGACGACUUGCCUGACUGGCCUCCAAACUCACACGAAGACUAUAACCCACCGUUCGAUGACAUCAGCACAGUUGACAUGAAACUAGUCCUGACUUAAAACACUUUCAUUAUGAUUGUUUCCUGUUCUAUUAUUCCUGAUCUAUGUAUAUGGCUUGCUAGCAUUUAUUUAAGAUGUCUAUGUCUUAUAAAAACAGCCUUAGCAUUAUCCCUGUACACUCAAUGACGUGUUAAGUCGAAUCUCUCUGAGAACUCUUAUUACUGAAACUGUGUACAGUUCUUUUCUUUCCUUUUAGUAAUUUAUCCUAUAGGAUAAAAAGGGGGGAAUGUGAGGGAAUUUUUAAUGGAUGAACAUUAUUAUUCUCUGUGUUUCUGUGUGUUGAGCUCAAGUGGCCUAUACUGAGAAAGAUGUUUUUUCCUAUGUUGUAAUCGCUUUUCUGUGGCCUUGGUGGUAAUGAGCAGGGUGCUUGAGUUCAUCCUAGCUUGCAUCUUCUCAUGAUGUAACCACCUUUCCUGACCUUGGUGGUGAUAAGCAGGGUGCCUGAGUUCUCAUAACUACGCAUCCACCCGCACGCCAGGUGCACGCUCUAACAAAGCUUCAUAGAAAAUCUUGAGCCAAUCACGUGAAGACACAAGCAGUGAGCGAAUGCUUUCAGAGUAUAAUAGAUAACAUUCCUAAAACACAACUCAGAGUGCGCGUACUCUCGGCAUCAUCAGAAGUGAUGUCUUCUUCUAUUCUUCUCUUUCCUUUCCUAUUUUAUAUCUUUAUAUGAUCUACUAUAAUAAAUGACUGAAAAGACAA